AUGUCUUCAGCUUACAAGCUCAUGAUCAUGUCGCAAAGCCUCCAUUUUAGCUUUUUUCUCACUCUUCUUAUUUUUAUUUACUUGGUCUCUGCAGUCUCUGCUUCUCCUUCUCUGCACCCAGAUGAAGUGAAAGCCCUUAAGGAUAUUGCAUUCACACUAGGUGUCAAGCACCUGAACCUAAGUGAAGAUCCAUGUAUCACAAAGACUCUGGUGAUAACCCAAGAUCUCCUCAAGGAAGGACAUAACAACACAAUCAGAUGCGACUGUCAUUUCAACAACAACAAAACUUGUCAUAUCACACACUUUAUCCUUAAAACAUUCAGUCUUCCGGGUAAACUUCCACCAGAACUCUCAAAGCUUCAGUAUCUUGAAUCGAUUGACUUGUGCCUUAAUUAUCUUUAUGGCUCAAUACCUAUGGAAUGGGCCUCACUGCCUUACCUCACAUCUAUCUCUGUUUGUGCGAAUCGAUUAUCAGGAGACAUUCCCAAAGGACUGGGGAAGUUUAUUAACCUCACCCAACUAGUUCUUGAAGCCAACCAAUUCUCUGGAAUUAUUCCUGAGGAACUUGGGAACCUGGUUAACCUAGAAGGAUUGGUACUCUCUUCUAACCAAUUAGUUGGAAGCGUACCCGAAACAUUAGGAAGACUAAAAAAUCUGACAAAUCUCCGUUUUAGCGAUAAUCAACUUAACGGAUCCAUCCCAGAGUUUAUAGGCAACUUAUCUAAACUUAAAAGAUUAGAACUCUAUGCAAGUGGCCUUAGAGAACCUAUUCCAGACUCCAUUUUUCGUCUAGAGAAUUUGGUUGAUCUGAGGAUCAGUGACACAACUGCUGGAUUGCGACAAUUUCCUCAUAUAAUUAGCAAGAACCUGAAAAAUUUGGUUCUCAGAAACUUGAACUUAACAGGACCUAUUCCAACCACUAUCUGGGAUCUUCCCAAUCUCACGAUUCUCGAUCUUUCCUUUAACAGACUGACUGGUGAAAUACCAGCAGAUGCUGCCCCGUCAAAAAAACAUACAUAUUUGGCUGGAAAUUUGUUGUCAGGAAAAGUUGAAUCAGGAGCUUUCCUUACUACAAGCACCAAUAUUGAUCUUUCGUAUAAUAACUUCACUUGGUCUCCAAGCUGCAGAGAGAGGGACAAUGUAAACACAUAUGAGAGCUCACAGUCAAAAAACCGUCUAACCAGACUUCUUCCAUGUUAUGCCAUAAAUCAGUGUCUAAGUUAUAGUAAAUCACUUCAUAUAAACUGUGGCGGACCUGAUGUAACUAUCGAAAACUCUCGAGGAAGGAUUUUAUAUGAGGGUAACUAUGGACUAACCGGUUCAGCUACAAACUAUCAUGGCAAAAAAUGGGGAUUCAGCAAUACUGGUGACUUUAUGGAUGAUGGAUCAACAGAAGAUGAAUACUCAAUUUCAUCAAAAUCUCCUGUGUCAGCAAGAUAUCCUGAGCUUUAUCAGACAGCUCGACGUUCUUCCCUGAGUCUGACUUACUUUGCUUUUUGUUUUGAAAAUGGAAGCUACAAUGUAAAACUCCAUUUUGCGGAGAUUCAAUUCUCAGAUGAGGAACCAUAUGCUAGGCUAGCGAAACGGUUCUUUAACAUUUACGUUCAGGGGAAGUUGAUUUGGGAGGAUUUCAACAUUAGAGUAGAGGCUAAUGGAACUCACAAGGAAGUUAUAAAAGAAGUUAAUACAACCGUGACUGAUAACACUUUAGAGAUACGGCUUUACUGGGCAGGGAAAGGCACAACGAUCAUUCCUCAAAGAGGGAACUAUGGCUCUCUUAUCUCUGCAAUCUCUGUCUGUCCCAGUUCUGAAUCUGAAUGUGGUGUUGAAGUGAAGACUCCUCCAGUCACAAAAGAACACAAACCAAGAACAUAUCCUCUCAUUCUCGGAAUAACAGCUUUGAUACUCUCUCUUGCUUUCUUGAUUUUCGGUGCAUUUUAUUGGAAGAAAUGUGUUAGAAAUGCAGAUGCAGAAAAGAGAGGUUCCUUCAGUUUGAAGCAACUAAAAGUUGCAACUGACAAUUUUGACCCCUUAAACAAGAUUGGAGAAGGCGGCUUUGGAUCUGUAUAUAAGGGACGAUUACCAGAUGGAACAUUGAUAGCAGUAAAGAAGCUAUCUUCAAAAUCAUGUCAAGGUAACAAAGAGUUUGUAAACGAGAUCGGUAUGAUCGCUUGCCUGCAGCAUCCGAAUCUUGUGAAGCUUUAUGGAUGCUGUUGUGAGAAUAAUCAGCUUCUUCUUGUCUAUGAGUACUUGGAGAACAAUUGUCUUGCUGAUGCAUUAUUUGGAAGAAGCGGUCUGAAACUAGAAUGGGGAACAAGACACAAAAUAUGCUUAGGGAUCGCGAGAGGGCUUGCAUUUCUUCAUGAAGAUUCAGCAGUUAAGAUCAUUCACAGAGACAUCAAAGGGACAAAUGUACUGCUAGACAAGGAUCUGAACUCAAAGAUUUCGGAUUUUGGGUUGGCUAGGCUCCAUGAAGAUGAGAAGAGCCACAUUACCACCAGAGUUGCAGGAACAAUAGGAUACAUGGCUCCUGAAUAUGCAAUGAGGGGUCACUUAACAGAAAAGGCAGAUGUUUACAGCUUCGGUGUGGUGGCAAUGGAGAUCGUUAGCGGGAAGAGAAAUGCUAAUUACACACCAGAUAACGAAUGUUGCGUUGGUCUUCUCGACUGGGCGUUUGUUUUACAGAAGAAAGGAGCUUUCUCAGAGGUUCUUGAUCCGAAGCUGGAAGGAGUGUUCGAUUUGAUGGAGGCAGAGAGAAUGAUAAAGGUAUCGCUUCUAUGUUCCAACAAGUCUCCGACCUUAAGACCAACCAUGUCGGAGGUUGUGAAGAUGCUUGAAGGCAAAACAGAGAUAGAACAGAUCAUCGCAGACCCUGGAGUGUAUGGAGAUGAACUAAGGUUUAAGCUAUCGUCAGAGAUUGGGACAUCAUCUUUACCUUCUGACUACCUCGUGUCAAUUCCUUCGUCUUGUGAAUCUGCUUACGACCUUUACCCCCUUAGUCCAGAGUCCAUUGUUUUCUCUAGACCGUAGCUUAAACAGAGCUUUGUGUCUAUAUGAUGAACCACUCAGACAGAAUCACUGUAUCACACGUCACACGUGGUAAAAUUGUGGAU